CACAGUAUAAAUUUAUCGACCUGCCGUGGACCUGCUCUACACCUGGUGAUGUCAAUAAAGAAUUCCUAGCCGGAAUAUCAUACGUGAAGGCGUAAUGAGAUCUGCCCGAGAACGGUGAGGGACGGCAGAACAUCUGCCUUUCAGAAACUCGAGAAUAAAAUACAGUUAAAUUAUACCAAGGCAAAUUAAUGGAGACGAUAAACUAUCCCGGCGCCCUAUGAUGGGACCCACGGACAACGACCAGUAGGUGUUUUAUUUGCACCCGGGAUCCUGGAUUCGUUUUCAGAACCUCCCUCUUCUCCUGGAAGGGGCCCUCAUGGAUAUGAGAGUCCGACUUCCAGGCGAGGAGAAUCAACUACCGACGGUGACAAUACCGGCAAGAUGAAGGGCCACAGAGCAUUCACGAUUGUGAUUAAAUUGGGGACGAGUUCAAUCGUUGACGAAAUUACCCAUGAACCCAUUCUGUCCAUUUUAACACUUAUCGUCGAGACCACAGCAAAACUCCUAAGAGAUGGGCACCGAGUCAUCAUUGUCUCUUCAGGUGCUGUCGGGGUUGGAUUGCGUAGGAUGGAUGUUGACACUCGGCCAACACAUCUUCCUCGAAUACAGGCUUUGGCGGCUGUUGGACAAUGCAGACUGAUGAGUCUAUGGGAUAGUUUGUUCGCCCAUCUGCGACAACCCGUGGCUCAGAUUUUGUUGACGAGGAAUGACAUUGCGGACACAACCCAAUAUCGCAAUGCGCAAAAUACCCUUACGGAGCUCUUGAAUAUGGGAGUGGUUCCGAUUGUGAAUGAAAAUGAUACUUUGGCGGUUUCGGAAAUUAAAUUCGGUGACAAUGACACGUUAUCUGCCAUCACCGCUGGUAUGGUUGGAGCAGAUUAUCUGUUCUUAAUGACGGAUGUCGACGGCUUAUACACAUCGAAUCCCCGCACCAACCCGGACGCACAGGUAAUUGAGGUGGUGUCGGACAUCUCCAGCCUCACAGCCGACGUAUCUUCCGCAGGCUCUUCAUUGGGAACAGGCGGGAUGAGCACGAAAAUAGUCGCGGCACGCCUAGCAACAAGUGCUGGUGUCACGACCAUAAUAACCCGUAGCUCACAGCCAGGCAACGUCCUAGCAAUCAUCAGACACCUCCAACAUAACACACAGAACUGGUCAUCAACAACACCCACCAUAAAUGAAAAGCCCGUCUCUCCACCAACAUCAACACCUCCAUCUCCAUCCUUAGCAAAAGCAACGUUGCCAGCACAUACUCGCUUCAUCCCCUCGACCACCCCGAUCCACUCCCGCUCAUUCUGGCUUUUGCACGGACUCUCCCCCCACGGCACUGUCUACAUUGAUGCAGGUGCCUACGCCGCCAUCUUAAACAAAGCCGGCCUGCUCCCCGCAGGCGUCGUAGGCGUUGAGGGUCACUUCGGCCAGCAAGAAGCCGUGCGGAUCGUCGUCGUCGAGCGACGCUCAACCUCCGCCGCUGCCCUCAACGGCGAUUUCCCGCUUCAAGGCGCGUCACCGCGGGAAGUCGGGCGGGCGUUGGUGAAUUACGGCAGCAAUGAGAUUGCGCGCAUCAAGGGCCUGCGGAGUACACAGAUCCUACCCGUGCUCGGGUAUGCGGACAGCGAGUAUGUGGCGCUGAGGCAGAAUAUUGCGUUCUUCGGAAUGUCGGAAAGGGCAAGUCGGCCUACAACGCCUGCGCUGGAAGAUGAGUUCCGGGUUCUCAGUGGGGCGUCCCCGCGGGCGGUUUGAUUUUGUUAUUUCUCUUCUCCUUGUUGACGUGGGGCUGGAGUUUGGGUUGGUUAGAAGAUCCCCCCCUUUUUUUUCAUUCCCGAUGCUUUCAACAUACAUUCACGUAGAAAAUAGGGGCUGCGUUGGCACUGGGUGGAGGUGGAGGUUGAAGUCGCCCAUGUCUUUCCUUUCCCCAGCAUAUUAAAUUAUUCCCCAUAAAAAUUCUUUUGGGAUAUAUGCCAGGUAACCGAUAGCACAACUGGACGUCCAACCCUAACAAUGGACAUAAAAUAUGGGAGGAGUCUUUUUAUCUUUUUACUUUUUGUGUUGCUAAGUAGUAUUCCAUAUAGCUCACUAUCUAUCUAUCCACGAUAUAAAUUUAGAAUCAAAUCAUUCGUUCAAAUAGAGCAUAUAAAUCGCUUGUGCUAAAACAACAUGCACUAAAUAAUACAUUAACUGACUGAACA